AUGAAUAUGGACAAUACUAUGUCUGGAGGCCCCGGCCUCACAGAUGCAGGCCUGAAUAUGUCGAAUUAUACCGUGGCCUCAGACUUUCUAACCGCGCUUCUCGAUGACACAACCCUGCAACAAUCCGAUUAUGCUAUCGCUCGGGCGUUUUGGUACGGCAUUGUCAUUGUCAUUGUGCUGGUGGGCAUGGCCAAUUGGAGUCAAUGGGGUCUACUGAAGCUACGAUUGCAUUUAGCCGCAAGAAACCGUCCACGACCGUCAAGUCCUUCUAACUCGGUUACCUCAUUCCUAGCUUGUUGUACAGCUGUGAUUCGAGAAGUGUCCUACUCUCAGAUUACACCAACAAACUCGUGGCUGCGGAUACCAUCAGUUGGAUCAAUCCUGUUGAUUUUCAUAUAUUUUGGUUACGUUAUGGGAUUGCAAUUCUUUGAUUGGAACUAUCCCGGUGCUCAAUUCUGGGAGGCACAGGGCCUCCGCGCGGGCUGGCUCACGAUAACUCAAUUUCCACUUCUCCUUCUCCUUGCUGGGAAGAGGAACCUGAUCGGAUACGCAGUCGGCGUGUCGUACGAGCGACUUCAGAUUCUGCACCGUUGGGUGGCAAGGAUUAUGCUGCUGACUGCUACCAUCCAUGGUGGUGUUCAAGCCUAUGGAUGGCAAAAAUAUGGUGUGAUGCAAAUUGAGAUUGACACUGAUAGCUGCAUUCCUACUGGGUUCUCUACUUGGAUACUCCUACUUUGGCUCGUUUUUUCCGCAACUGCUCCAAUUCGCAACUGGCGUUAUGAGAUAUUUGUGGUUCAACAUAUCAUCACUUUCAUUGGAUUUGUCGUGGCUAUUUUCUACCAUUUACCUUCAACCGCCCUGAGUUCAAGGAUAUAUGCUUGGAUCGGUGUCGGUGUGUUUGUCUUCGACCGGCUAGUGCGGACCCUUAUCUACGCUUUCAAUAAUAUGAAGCCCGCAAAAUUCACCCUUCAGGGACUCUCAGGAGAUGUUACAAAAGUUCGGAUAACUUCCCCUCGGAUUAAAAAAUGGACUCCAGGGCAGCAUGUCUUUCUAUCCAUUCCUGAGUUGGGAUGGGGUCAGUCACACCCGGCCACCAUUCUGUCUAUUCCCUCAUCUCAUGACAAUGACCUGGUGUUCAUCUUGCGAGCUCAUCGAGGCUUCACUCGGCGGCUGCUCCGUUCGGCCAAAUCAUCCUCCAUGGACCUACCCCGGGAUGUUCGAGAAAAAGAGAAAAGUAGUGAGGAGGAUGCCGUCGACAUAAUAAAAGGGAAGCACUUUUCACUCAUCGGCGGUCCGUAUGGUGGAUCGCAUUCCGAUUUUGCGGCCUUCGACACCGUCCUACUCAUCGCAGGAUCAACUGGUGUUACAUUCACUUUACCAAUCCUCCUCGAUAUUGCUCAUAGGUCAGCAGAUCGGAGACUUCCAGUCCGCAGAAUAGUGUUUACUUGGGUCGUAAGAACUAUUUCGUGCAAAGAGUGGAUUGCGAGAGAGUUACAACGAGCAACCGAAGCGAUACUCAAUGUUGGAAUUGAAAUUGAAGUACAGUUAUUUGUGACCUGUGAGGUCGAUCCGAUGGAACAAUCAACUAAAAAAGCAGGAUGCAAGUGCAGGAAUAUCGAGGGACCGUGCUGCUGCAGCGAUUUAGGUACUGAAAGGCCCGAAGCUGUGCCCAACACACUGAUCACUCAAGCAAGUGAUGAUCUAGACAUCGAAUCACCUCCAUCCGUGAGUCUACGAGAAAUGCAGCCGAGAAUGGGUAACUCAUUACCAGUUGCCUGCUCCACAAUCUUGUCCGGCCGACCCCAGUUGAAGCCCCUUCUCUGGGAUCUACUGGAUCAUGCUAAAGGAGAAACUGGUGUUGCAGUGUGUGGACCUCUAGGAUUAGUGAGCAGUGUUAGAAAUACCGUUGCUACUGUCAGUGAGCAACGCGGGUCAAACAAAGGAACUGGUGCUGAG